UCUUCUUCGCAUCGUCAUUCAUUCAUCAGCAGGUGGUAGAUGUGGUAGGGAGUUUCUAUACUCUAGCUAAUCAAAACAUACCCAUGUAAAUAACCAGUCAAUGUCAUUAGUUCUCACCUGCGAAAUUCAGCAUUUUUUAUCACCAAACAGUACGCUUCAUUGUUUGACUAGUCGUAUCAUAAGUUAUAGGGCUCGAAACAAGCAGAAAUGCCACGACUACACUGUGUUUGCGUUCUUCUAGCGGUGAUUAUUCUGCAGGCUUCAGCCCAAGUCAAGUUUGCGGAUGGCAAUUUGAAGCAGGCAAGGGAGAACCACCGACCGAAAGAGAUCUCGCUGGCAGCAAUUGAAAAGCUAUCGAGCCUUUCCAAGACUAGCAACUUAAAUGAUGUUCUGAAGCGCCUUCUGGUCGAGCGAGUUGUGGGAACUGCUGGUCACGAAGAGGUACGGAACUUUAUUGUAGAAUAUUUGCGAAAACUUGCUUGGCAGGUAGAGCUGGAUGAAUUCGAGGAUGAAACCCCAAUUUUCGGAAAGCUAAAAUUUUCAAAUAUUGUUGCCACUUUGAACCCGAAUGCGGAACGGUUUUUGGUACUUGCGUGUCACUACGACAGCAAAUAUUUUAAGAAUCAAGUGUUUAUUGGGGCAACCGACUCGGCGGUUCCGUGUGCCAUGAUGUUGGAUUUGGCCUCGUCGAUGCAGUCACUGCUAAACGCCAAGAAGUCCGAUAACAGUCUAAGUCUUCAGUUGGUCUUUUUCGAUGGUGAAGAAGCAUUCCAGCAGUGGGGUCCAAAGGACUCUAUUUACGGAGCCCGUCAUCUGGCAGAGCGUUGGGAGGCAGAGGAUAAACUCAAGCGAAUUGAUAUGUUGGUGUUGCUUGAUUUACUCGGAACGCCGGAUCCAAAUUUUUACAGUUACUUCCAAAACACCGAAAGUUGGUAUGCUCAGUUGCUUUCGGUGGAGGAGCGUCUGGAUCGGGCAGGACACAUGGAUCGCUACACGUAUAGCAGCGUAGCGCCAAACCAACGAACGGUACGCUACUUCCAGCCACGUUCAUACUACGCCUACAUUGAGGAUGACCACAUCCCAUUCCUACGGCGUAAUGUACCGAUUCUGCACUUGAUCCCCACUCCCUUUCCCGAUGUGUGGCACAAGCUGUCCGACGACGGCACUGCCGUUGAUAUAAGUACGGUGCAGAACCUGAUCAAGGUUUUCCGCGUGUUCAUCGCGGAAUAUUUGCAUCUGGAUAUGUGACUAAGGGGGAAUGGUGCGAUCGAACGAGGAGAGCUGUAAUGGGCUGUUUGAUUGCGAAUAUGUACAGUACUUCUAUUAAAUCGGCGACGGACGUGCUUAAUUUCUUCAGCCAUUUGUAAAUAAAGGAUUUGUUAUUUUUUAUCGCAAUGGACGCAAUUUUGUACAGUGUAAAAAGUGAUUGUGCUAUAAAAGAGAAAAAGCUGCAGAUGUACCAUUUUACUUAAAACUAAGCAAUUAAAUUUAAUAUUUUUAAAGCAAGACAACAUGUUAUAAAAAUUUACAUCUGGAAAUCAUGGCAAUAAAAAUUCUUAAGUCCUACUUGUA